GUCCAGAACGAUUACUCACCAGCUGGGAAUCGAGCUGGUCCAUCCGUGCGACGAACAGCCCAUCUGGUCGAUGGCCUCCCUGAAGGACUUUUUGCUUUUGGUCGAUGUCUUCAGAAGAGGCGAUGUCCUACUAGGAGGUCGGCCGAAACAUGGCCCGGUCCUGGAGCCGUGGCUGCCUUCAUAGUCUGGAUUGCGGCUCGUACUUCAGCAGGUAAAAUCCUCGGUGGUAUUUGCCCUGGAAAUAACAUGGUUUGA